AUAAUAAUACAAAAAAAAAACACGAGAGGAAAGAGCGGAAAAAUCUUUACAAAAAACAAGAGUACAGAAAGCGUAAGCGAAAAAACGAGGCCACGCCACAAACAGCAGCUAUCUUGUGGUCAAUUAUACAACGCGAACAGCGAGCAGAGAGCACAUAAAAAACCAGUAAAACAACAACAGAAGGAAACGCAAGCAGAGUAAUCCAACAGCCAUUUUUGACCAAUAAUAAUAAUGGUCGUGUUGCUGCAUUCGAAGCGACAACUGCCGCCAGCAGCAGCAGCAGCAGCAGCCUCAUCGAGGACGAGGAGAAAACUCGAGAGGACAAGGACAUGGCCGUCGCUGAUGAUGACGACGAUGCUAGUGCUCUUGAGCGGCAGCAGUCGGGCGGCGGGCAGCAGCUACAGCUACAGCAGCGGCAGCGGCAGUGGCAGUGGCAACCUGAGCGCCCCCCAGCGUGGCACCCUUACGGCAACAAAUAAUGGAGGACUCGUGUUGAUCGGAAGCAGCUCCACUUCCAGCUCGAGUUCCAGUUCCAGUUCCAGUUCCGUGCCCUCAUUAUCCCUUACUUCAUCAUCGUCCACCUCUUCCACGAGCAGCAGCAGCAGUGGCAGUGUCAGUGGCAGCAGUUCAUCUUCGUCUGGCUCUGGCCCUGGCGCCGGUGCCCCAAACAGUGGCAACAACCGCAGUGGCCGCCUGGCCAGCGGCGGCGGCGGCGGGGGUGCAGCAAGUGGCACGAAUCAUGAUCAAUUACCCGCCCAACUCUCCUCACGCAUCAUUCACACACGCAAUGGCGCCAUCUCGGGGAUAAUUGUCCAAUUAGAUGGCAGGCAUUUGGAUCCGGUGGAGGCGUACCGCGGCAUACCCUACGCCUCGCCCCCCGUCGGCAAUUUGCGUUUCAUGCCGCCCGUCUCGGCGGCCAUGUGGUCGGGUGUCAAAAAGGCGGACAGAUUCAGUCCCGUUUGCCCGCAACGUCUGCCGGACAUCCACAACGAGACGGCAACGCUGGAACGAAUGCCCAAGGGACGUCUGGAGUAUCUGAAGCGUUUGCUGCCGUAUCUGCAGAAUCAAUCAGAGGAUUGUCUUUAUCUAAAUAUUUAUGUGCCCAUACAAGUUGGUUCCCGGGAUUCCACGGGCAGUGGCAGCUCCUCCUCUGGCGGCAGUUCCGGCUCCUCCUCCUCAUCGUCGUCGUCUUCCUCCUCGUCGUCGGGCAGUGGAAAUCCCACAAAAUAUCCUGUGCUGGUGUUUGUCCAUGGCGAAUCAUAUGAAUGGAACAGCGGCAAUCCGUACGAUGGCUCCGUUCUGGCAAGCUAUGGACAAAUAUUGGUGGUAACCAUAAAUUAUCGCCUCGGAGUGCUGGGAUUCCUGAAUGCCAACACGGACCGAUACUCGAAGCUGCCGGCCAAUUAUGGCCUGAUGGACAUCAUUGCCGCACUGCAUUGGCUCAAGGAGAACAUUGCUGCCUUUGGCGGGGAUCCGAACAGCAUAACCCUCGCCGGACACGGCACUGGGGCGGCGUGCGUCCACUUUCUCAUUUCAUCAAUGGCCGUGCCAGAGGGCCUGCUCUUCAAUCGGGCCAUCCUGAUGUCCGGCUCGGGGCUGGCACCCUGGUCGCUGGUCAGCAAUCCGGCGAAAUAUGCCGCCGUCGUGGCCCACCACGUGAACUGCGCCUCGGACCUGCCGCACGCCCAUCUGAUGAAGUGCCUGCGAGAGAAGACGCUCGAGCAACUGCUGAGCGUCCCCAUACGUCCGCCAGAGUUCGGUUUCGCCUUUGGGCCGAGCAUCGACGGAGUGGUCAUCGAUGGCGGAGAUUAUGUGCCACCGGCGCCGGGCUCGGCGGCAGCUCAGGCCCAGGCGCAGGCCUCCACGGCCGCCGGGAAUGGCCUCGGCGGGGAGGCGGGUAUUGCCGCUGCCGGAGGCUGGGGCACGCCCGGACAACUGGAGAAUAUCGUAUUAAUGAGAAAAACUGCCAUUAACAAGUUGUCAAGAUACGACCUGAUGGCCGGGGUGACACGUGCCGAGGCCUUUUUCAGCUUCAAUUCGGGCGAUGUGCAAUACGGCAUCGAGGCGGAUCGAAGGUCGAGAAUUUUAAAGGCCUACGUGAGGAACACGUACACGUUUCAUUUGAACGAGAUAUUCGCAACGAUUGUCAACGAGUACACGGAUUGGGAGAGGCCCGUCCAGCAUCCAAUUAAUAUCCGCGACGAAACACUGGAGGCUUUGAGCGAUGCCCAGGUUGUGGCACCGGCAGCACAAACUGUGGAUUUGCAUUCGGCAGAUCAUCGAAACUCGUAUCUAUAUGUUUUCGACUAUCAGACGCGCUUCGGGGACUAUCCGCAGCGUCAGGGCUGCAUCCACGGCGAGGACCUGCCAUAUAUCUUUGGGGCACCGCUCGUUGGCGGUUUCAAUCAUUUCACGCGCAACUACACGAAAACCGAAAUCAGUCUAUCGGAGGUGGUCAUGUUUUACUGGGCCAACUUUGUGCGCACAGGCAAUCCAAAUGAACAAAUGGAAACGGAGCACAGCAGUCGACAGGAGAGGAGUCGCUACAAGACCAUCGAGUGGACGGCGUACGAGAGUGUGCACAAGAAAUACCUGAAUUUUGACACGAAACCAAAGCUCAAAAACCAUUAUCGGGCACAUCGUCUAUCGUUUUGGCUGAAUCUCAUACCGGAUCUGCACAAGCCGGGGGGCGACAAUGUCCCGGCAGCCCAUCAUCAGCUGCACGACGAAGACGAUGAGGACAACAAUAUCCCCAACGAUGCCUCUGUGAAACCCCUGAAUCCCCCCUACACCUCGAGGGCUGCCAAUGCGGCGGCAAUGGGAAACUUUACGAUAUUCACGAAUCAAGUGUUCUCCCUGCUGAAUCUCAGUUCUCCCUCGUCCUCUCUGCAGCGGAACGGCACUCGCUACGGCGGCAAUAAGAUCUAUCCCGACGACAUGAUGGACCCGGACCAUGCGGCCGGCGGAGCGGCCAGUGCCUCGCAGGACAACGAUGGCUUUGCGGCGUAUUCCACGGCGCUGAGUGUCACCAUUGCCAUCGGCUGCUCCCUGCUGAUCCUCAAUGUCCUGAUCUUUGCGGGCGUCUACUACCAGCGCGAUAAGACGCGUCUGAGCGAGCCCCGGCCGCAGACAAAGCUGAAGCGCCAGGAGAAUGGCCAGAUUCCGAACAGCAUCUGCGGGGACCUCGAGACGCUGACAAUCCAUGCAAAGAGCGACCCCGGGACGAUCCUAUCCCAUCAUCAUGCCAUGCAACAUCACCAGCUGCCGCCUCCGGAAUUCGCCGACAUUCCGCAUCGUGCCCCGCCCCCGCCGAAGCACAUGAAAACGAUGCAGGAUACAGGGGGCGGUGGCGGUGGUGUCCCACCAACGCAUGCCCUGCAAGUGCUGGGCAAUCAGUGCGGGACUCUGACCAAAAAGAGUUGCAUGAAGCAGACCCAGGCGCAGGCACAGCAGCAUUCCCCCUCGCAGCAGCAUCAGUCGCAUCAGCAGCAGCAGCAGCAACAACAGCAACAGCAACAGCACGUGGUAACACAUCAGCAACAUUUGCAGAAUCAUCAUAAUCAAAGCAUGACCACCGUUCUAACCACAGCCGGUGGAUUGGUGGUGCCCACCCCGCCCACAGUGCCAGUGAUUGUGGCAGCCACCACGCAGCACCACCAGCAGCAGCAGCAGCAACAGCAGCAACAUCCACUGAUGGAUGAGCUCCGUGUGUGACAUUAAUUGACCGUGCGUUUUAAAUGUGAUCUCUAAGCGCACAGUCCCUCCUAUACGCCCCCCCUACCAUCUCCCAUUUCCUUCCUUCCCAUCCAUUUCCCCUACAAAUUUCAGCUGUCGGUGAGUGUCCCCCUGGGUGAAUGGUUAGAUCUAAUUGCCUCUCUCUCUCUCUCUCUCUAUAGCGCCGUAAGUGUGUGAAUGCCGUUGUGUCCUGAUGUAUCAGGAUUUGAAAUCCAAAGCUAAUACUCGCUGACCAAGCCAUAACUUUGUUGCUAGUUGAUUUUACAUAUAUAGAUCGUAUAUACAUACAUAUAUAUACAUUGUAUAUUGUACAUAGUUAUAUCUAAAGCUUAGAGAUUGUUGUUAGGAAUCAUUAUCGCCCAAGGAAAAGCGCCCACAACUUGGAAAAAUAUUCAUUCUUUGCCAGAAAUCAUAGGGAUUUAUUUUUAGGGUAGGGCUUUAUUGAUUUCUUUGUGCUUAAAGCGGAUAUUCGAUAAGAAAUUCGAUUCGAUAGGAACUUGACAACUGGUACCAGGCGAUAAUUAAACUAUCGAGCAGUUUCUAUUCGAAUUUAGACCAUUAUUAUGAGUAUUAUUUUGACCAUUUUCGAUUAUUAUUUCGACCACUUUCGACCUAUAUUUCGACCAAUUUCGACUUAUAUUUCGACCUAUAAUUUUACGUAUAUUUUGAACUAUAUUUAGACCUGUAGACCUAUAUUUCGACCUCUUUCGAGCUAUAUUUCGACCACUUUCGACAACAAUUCCGACAACUUUCAACCAUUUUAAUGGUAUAUUUCGACCACUUUUGAGCCACUUUCUACAACUAUUUCAACAACUUAAAUUUUACCACAUAUUAUAUUUAUUUAGACCAGGUUUUUGGCUAAUAUUUCUACUACUUUCGACCAAAAUUCUUGUAAUUUUCGAUC